AUGUCCAACCUAAAUGAGAAAGCGUUGCUCGCUAGUUAUCGAGUAGCUUUUCGUGUGGCUAAAGCAGGAAAACCUCACAGUAUUGCCGAAAAUUUGAGUUUACCAGCGGCUUUAGAUAUAGCAGAGAUUAUGUUUGGCAAACAAGAGGUCGAAAAGCUCAAAAGUAUAUCUUUCUCUGACAAUACCAUUCAACGCAGGAUAAGCAAUAUGGCGACUGACGUUCGUGAUCAAGUCAUAGAAAAAAUAAAGAAAAGUUCUUUUAUGUCCUUGCAAUUUGAUGAAUCAACGGAUAUUGCGGGUUGUGCGCAGUUUGUAGCUUUUGUGCGUUUUGAAUCCAAUGAAAUAUUAAUGGAAGAAAUACUAUUUUGCAAGGCACUUCCCAAAAAUGCUACAGGUCAGUUCUUGCAAGACAUGUUCGUUGAAGCUAUGCAAGAUAUGAAUAUCGAUUGGGCACAAAAAUGCAUUGCUAUUUGUAGUGACGGAGCAAAAGCCAUGACUGGUGCGAAGAGUGGAUUUAUUGCUAGACUGAAAGAACAAAUGCCAAACGCUUGUUGGAUGCACUGCUUUCUCCAUCGCCAAGCUCUUGCAGCCAAAACCUUGCCACAAGAAUACAGUCAAGUUCUAAAUAUUAUUAUUAACAUUGUAAAUUCUAUCAAAGGAAAAGCGUUGCAGACUCGAUUGUUUCGAAUCAUUUGUGAAGAUAUGGGGGCACUACACCGCAAUUUGCUUUACCACACAGAGGUUAGGUGGUUAUCAAAAGAACGAGAUCUUUUAAGAUUAUGGAUAACGAAAUUACACGAAGUCGAAGAAACCGUCGAAAAUUUACGAAGAAGAAACGAAUACAUGUGGUUUUUACUGUUAAUGCUGCAAAGUAAACAGCUUCAGAUGCCUUUUAUUUCAGCCCCACCAGUAGGAGAUUUGAGAGAUCUUAGAGAUCUUUUGGCAACGGAUGUUUAUGAGGAUGUGUUAACAUCAACUGAUUUGUCUUGGUUGGAUACGAUUCCUUUGACAAGUAAAGAACCUACGGGUCCAACAAAAACAUAUCCAAGAGCACCUCCAGCUGAAUUUAUGAAAAAUCAACCAAUUCCUUUUAAUGGGAUGAUUUGUUAUCUUGCAGCUUUUAGCGAUCACGACUUUUAA